AUGGACCGGAGCGUGAUGUUCUGCCCGCGCGGCGCUGCCCUUAGACCCGGCCUGGUGCCGUUUGCGUGUCUGGCGGUGCUGCCAGCCCCGCCCGGCCCUCGGCGGCUUUCCCUGUCCUGCCUGUGGGGCCGGCCGGCAGCGCGAGGGCCCCGACCCCCCCAGGCGGCCGACCGCAGCCUGCAGUGCCCCAGCUUGAGUCCUGCCAGGCAGGGGAAGCGCCUGCCUGGUGACCCCAGUGCCCGCCUGCCGCUCAGCCCCACGGACGGACGGCGGGACAGCGACCUGGGGCGGCUCGUCUCCGGCCGGCCACGGGGCUCGGCGCGUCCUGAUGGGCCCCGGCGGCGGCCGCGGGAACUUUCGCUCCUGCGUCGCCCCUACGGGAGCGCGCGAGGCGGGCGGGCGGCGCCGAGCCGCUCCCAGGUGGGACCAGCAGCCGGGGACCGCGGCUCCCGCAGCCCAGCCCGGAGGCAGGAGGAAGGGGAGGAGGACGCAGGCCGGGAUCGCGCCCGUCACGACUCACGAAGGAGGACGCUGCUCCCGGCCGCCAGCCUGCUGCAGCUGAAUGGCGUCCGGGACGCCUGCUGCAAGUUCCUGCUGAGCCAGCUGGACCCCUCCAACUGCCUGGGCAUCCGGGGCUUCGCCGACACGCACUCCUGCGGCGACCUGCUCAAGGCGGCACACAGGUACGUGCUGCAGCACUUCGUGGACGUGGCCAAGACCGAGGAGUUCAUGCUGCUGCCGCUGAAGCAGGUGCUGGAACUGGUCUCUAGUGACAGCCUGAACGUGCCGUCGGAAGAGGACGUCUACCGGGCCGUUCUGAGCUGGGUCAAGCAUGACGUGGACGCCCGGAGGCAGCACGUCCCGCGGCUGAUGAAGUGUGUGCGGCUGCCCCUGCUGAGCCGGGACUUCCUGCUGGGCCACGUGGACGCGGAGGGCUUGGUGCGGCACCACCCCGACUGCAAGGACCUGCUCAUCGAGGCCCUCAAGUUCCACCUGCUGCCCGAGCAGAGGGGCGUCCUGGGCACCAGCCGCACCCGGCCCCGGCGCUGCGAGGGCGCCGGCCCCGUGCUUUUUGCUGUGGCCCAGGGCGACCCCGAGCUCUGCUGCCCCCAGGACUUCCCGGGCCCAGAGAGCCAGCAGGAAAACCUCGAGCAGCCGUUCCUGAGUGUGUUCAAGAAGGGCAGGCGGAGGGUGCCGGUCAGGAACCUGGGCAAGGUCGUGUACUAUGCCAAGGUCCAGCUGCGGUUCCAGCACAGCCAGGACGUCAGCGACUGCUACCUGGAGCUGUUCCCCGCCCACCUCUACUUCCAGGCUCACGGCGCAGAAGGCCUCACUUUCCAGGGGCUGCUGCCGCUGGUGGAGCUGAGCGUCUGCCCGCUGGAGGGGCCCGGAGAGCACUGCUUCCAGAUCUCAGCACUCCCCUGCACCCGCACCAGCCGCUCCCUCCCGGAGGCCUCAGCCACGCCCGCCCCAAGCCGCGCGCUGGCGCCCACACCGGACCAGGAGGACCCCGGCUGCGCCAGCAUCGGACGACAGAGAGCAGAGCUGAGGCGGGGCGGUAGCCACCGCUCACCCCGCGGCAAGGCCCCGGGGCCCCCGUUGCACCUGGACCUGACCAAGCUGACCCUGGAUGCUGGCCCGGAGGCCCCUGCUGGCCCUCCUGUCACACCACGCUCUCCGCUCUACGCCGACCCCUACACACCCCCCGCCACGUCCCAUCACAAGGUCACAGACGUGCGGGGCCUGGACGAGUUCCUCGUUGCCAUGCAGAAGGCGCUGGGGCCGGAGCCCCCCAGCCCAUGCUCCGCGGUCCCCGUGUCGGUGCCCGUCUCUGACCCCAGCUCCAGACGCCUCGAGAAGGGAGCCCCGCAGUCCCGAGCCUGUCAGUGGCACCAAGGCUCUGUCAAGGGUCAGGGACCACCACCCCCGGACUCCCCUCGGCUUGUCUGCCCUGCGAGGGAAGGCUCAGCCCGCGCCCUGCAGCUCCCCCCAGAUGGCCGGUCCUCCAUCAGCAUCGACAGCCUCUGGGGCAAGGCCCCAUCCCCCCCCCAUCAGCGGUGGCCCCGCCUCAGAGCCCCCGAAGCUGGGGGGGGGCUCGUCCAGUGGAUCUGACACCCGAGCUGCUUCUCAGGACCGCCUGCAGGGGCAGCAGUCGCCUGGAGGGGCCAGCGCCCGCUGCAGGGGCCAGUGGGGCCCCAGACCCAUCAGCACCCUGCCCUAUGCUGGCCGUGUCUGACCCCAGGGUGGAGGGCUGUCCAGGGCCCCGAUGUCAUGAGGGGCGGGAGGGGGGCCUGCCCCGGUGGCUGGCCCCCACGCGGGGUGCCCCAGGGCCAGAUCCCAGCUCCAACCCCAGGAACAGGGCUUCGCCCCGGGGCGCAGAGGCCGUGAGGCUGCAGUCUGCCUCGUGUCAGGCCGGCCAGGUCAACAGCCCACUGCCACGGGUGCAGGUGGGCGGCGGUAUGGAGGUGUGUGGGGGAAGGGGGUCUCCGACAGGAAGAAACCCCUCAAAGAAAGAAAACACUAAACAGAGACGGAGAA